AUGGCCAUUCUCUCGUCCUUCGCCAUCAUCCGGGGCCUGUGCCUCUUCCACAUCACCCUCGCAUGGUACCUUCUCAGCGCUCCGCGCAUCGUUGCGGAGCAAAACCUGGUUGUCCUGUUCGGGGAAGCCAUGCGCAUUCCUGAACCGACCCAAUUACUCAAACCCAAUUCUGCCUCCGCCUUCGCCGCCAUCAUCCUCGCCUUCCUCGGUCUCUCAGACCUCAUUGCCGUGUCCAUGGACGAGGAGAUUGCCUUCCCUUACUGGGCCAACAACAUCCCGCUGCGCCUCAUGUUCCUCCUCAGCCUGACCGGCUACACGUAUGCCUUCAAGCCGUCUCCUGGACAAAGCCUCUUCACCCAUGGCGUCGGCGACCCGCUCAAAAACAGGCUGGUCUUUACAUGGGGGUUCUUCGAGUGCACAAUCUGGUUCUGGGCGUACGUCACUCUAAGGGACGAGAAGGCCAAGUUUGCCGAACGUCUGCUCGAGAGGAGGAAGAGGGAGGCCGAGCUGCUGAGGGACGCCUGA